CAUUUAUUUGCGCAUGAAGAAACUAGUUUUACUUACAAGUGUCCAUCUUUGUAGGAUCAAACAUCACAAAUGAUUUGUAUCAUUCUGCAUCAACAGACUGGUCAGAUGGAACGAAAUCAGAUGUUCUGUAUGUACCUACCGAAGUUAGUGAUGAUCAACCCCCAAUCCUCAUUGAAAUCCAAAACACCGUCGAUCAAGCAUUCAUGAUAAGAUUAAUCCAAUGCUGUGCUCGUGUGUUUGAACAUUACCAAGUAUUGCCUGUGGUUCUUGUAUUCGUAGCUGCAAAGUUCUCUGGUAAAGAAUUUGAAAAAAAAUUUGUGACAAAAGUCAAUGCACCAUAUUUGCUAGAAACUCCAUGUGAAUUUUGGGCUCAGGCGGCAAACUUUAUUUCUUCAAAAUCCAUUGAAAAUCAUAUCAAAGUGGGCAUGAAUCAGCUUGUGGCACUUGCCUACUUUACCACCUGUCAAUCUACAAGCUUAAGUUCAUUAGAAUUUGCUGACGAUUCAACCGUACGCUUUUUACACUCAAUUUGCAAGGCUAACAUGAAGAAAAAGGGAGAUAGCAAAAUGAUUCAAAUUAUCGACCAAAUCACAGAACAAAUAAGGAAAGCGAUUGAAUUGGACGAAGAAAAUCCUAUCCUGACAGCUGAAAAGUGCAGAAAUUUCGCUGAACAACUAUUAGAAACAAUUCAAGCCCAGAAAAGAAAGCUAGUUGAGGUGUAUGAACUUGACACAGAAGUAUCACAAAGGCAACAAAAGAGAUAUACUACAGAAGACUUUAGAUUCAUUGAAACUAAUUCUGAACCAAACAAAACCAGAAACUGGAAAAAAAUCUUCAACGAAGGAAAAGCCAAAGGACUCUUUUCUUCUUACAUAUCAUCAAAUUCCUUAAAAAGCUCAUACCAUCAUGCCAAAAAGCGUGAAAAAAAUCAAGAAUAAUAUAUAAUUUGUUCCCAAAUAAAGAUUUUACAUUACAGCU